AUGUCUGCGACCAACGGGAGUCCUGAAGGCGAUGAAUUGAAUAUAACAGUAGCUGUUCGAUGCCGUGGUCGUAACGAGAAAGAGAUUAAAGCGAAAAGCUCUGUUGUUGUGAACUGUCCCGAUGUUAUUGGUGCUAAUGAGGUUUCGAUCAAUACCUCCGGUGACAUAGGAAUCACUGCAAGAAUGAAUUCAAAAACGUAUACAGUGGAUAAAGUAUUCGGACCAAGUGCUGAUCAAAGUCUGGUAUUUAAAGAAAUUGCAGACCCAAUGUUCCAUGACUUCAUCAAGGGAUAUAACUGUACGAUGUUGGUUUACGGCAUGACCUCAACAGGUAAGACAUAUACUAUGACUGGUGAUGAAAAAUUGUACGAUGGGGAAUUGAGUGAAGCAGCAGGCAUCAUUCCAAGAGUCUUGUUCAAACUAUUUGACACUUUAGAGGUGCAAGAAAGUGAUUACAUGGUAAAGUGCUCAUUUAUUGAGUUAUACAAUGAAGAAUUGAAGGAUCUUUUGGAUGACGGCCAGGACUCCGGCGGUAAUAACAGUAGAAAGUUAAGAAUAUACGAUUCGCUUAACAGCAGUAACAAUGUGACCAAUGUGAAUAGCCGGUCAAGUUCUAGAUCGAAUUCUCCUACCGUGAAUUUAGAAGCUAAAAGAAGAAUACGCGCAGGAGCAUUAUAUAAACCGAAACCAAAGCUUCCAACCCAAUCUCAAUCUAAUGGACAACAACAACAACAACAACAACAGCAGCAGCAGCAGCAGCAGCAGCAGCAGACUCAGGGCCAGGUUAAUGAGCAAAGUUCUGCAAUCUAUAUUCAGCAUUUGCAAGAGUUUCACAUAACUGACGCCAAGGAAGGCUUACGAUUACUUCAAAAGGGCUUGAGUCAUAGACAGGUCGCUUCUACGAAGAUGAAUGACGUUUCGAGUAGAUCACAUACCAUUUUUACUCUAACGUUGUACAAAAAUUUCAAUGGCGAAACUUUCAGAGUUUCUAAGAUCAACUUAGUAGAUCUUGCAGGAUCAGAAAAUAUCAGUCGAUCGGGGGCACAAAAUCAAAGGGCAAAAGAGGCAGGGUCCAUUAAUCAGAGUUUAUUAACAUUAGGCCGUGUAAUAAAUUCGUUGGCUGAUAAAAAUGCCCAUAUCCCAUUUCGAGAAUCAAAAUUGACAAGACUACUACAGGAUUCUCUAGGCGGCAAUACAAAGACAGCUUUGAUUGCUACUAUAUCACCGGCGAAAAUAAAUUCAGAGGAAACAUCAAGUACAUUGGAAUACGCUACAAAGGCGAAAAAUAUCAAGAAUAAACCUCAGUUGGGUAGUUUCAUGAUGAAAGAUAUACUUGUGAAAAAUAUUUCACAUGAGCUGGCUAAAUUAAAGUCAGAUUUCCUUUCUACCAAAUCGAAAGAGGGGAUAUAUAUGAGCCACCUUCAUUACAAUGAAGUUAUGAAUGAUAUAGAAAACUACAAGACAGAAAUCCAAGAGUCUAGACGAGAAAUCGAAAAGCUUUCUUCUCAGAAUCAAUUGUUACACAAAGACAAAAAAUCUUCGCAAGAUACAAUCGAAUCUCAAAGGUUGCAAAUCCGGAACUUGCAAUCAAGCAUGGAUUAUCUAUACGAGAAGAUAGAUUUAAAACAUAAAAACGAGAUUGAACUAACGAACAUGAUCAUGAAAUUGAAAGAUGCUGUACGGAACAUGCAAGGAGCUUUGAAAACACAUGAGGAUCAUGAACAAAGGUUACAAUCCGAUAUCCAGAAAAUGUUAUAUGAUAAUAUCUUAGAGUAUCGGAGAAAAAUUGAAACGAAAUUGGACAACUUAAAACAGCAAGCUCUGGAACAGUCCUUCACUAUUGAUGAUGAUAUCAAUAAUGUAAAAGAUAGCCUAGAAACACUGUUGGAAACUGUUAAGAAGGAUGCUAUUAUCAUGUGUGAAAAUCUGGCUCAGAAAGUAGUGGGAGAUCAGCCAAAGUUCUUUAAUUCGAUGCUGUCUGAAUUGAACGAUAUGUUUUCAAAAGUCGAUGAACAUACAGAUCGGUUAAAGGAGGGCUUAAGUCAGAUCACAGCCGAAAAUAACAAUUUGAAAGCUUAUUUGGAUACUCAUUUUUUUAGGAAUAAUCAUCAAGAAAUUCUAAAUGUACACGCAGAUAAAACAUAUCACCAGUUGAAUCUUUCAUCGAAGCAUUUAAUGAGCAAAAUCACAAAUAUAAUCAGUGAUCAUGUCGAACAAAACAGAACAUUAUUGAUGGAUACAUUGAAGACUGCCACCACCGAAGUCAUUACUCAAGAGAUGUCUCAUUUCGAACCAGUCAGGAAAACAUGGGAACAGUCAUUCAAUCACAUUAAUGUAUGUGAUUCUUUGAGCAAUAAAUUCAAAGAUGAUACAACAGAAUCUUUGAAUAGCUUGAAAUCUCAUAUGGAAAGUACAGUACGUGAAAGUUCUCUAAUUGCAGACAAGAUUAAAGAUAAUCUUUGUCAUUUCCAAGAUAGAAAUGAUAUCGCAAACAUGACUACAAACAUUAACGGUACUGUGGAUGAUAUUAAAAACAAGCAUAGUGUUUUACGUGAUGAGUUGGAAAAAAAUGUCUCAUUUAUUCACGCCUCAAGUGAAGGUUUUAAAGCUAUAGAUAGCUCUCUGAAACGUAUAAUGAAUUUCCGUAUGCCCGAGGGGAAAACAGAAACUUUAGCAGAUGAUUUGAUAAAGCAUAUUGAUUCAAGUUCUGUGGCCCCAGUCGCGUCUUCUGGGAAAACGCCGUUGAGACCACUUCUCAAAUCUGAAACAAAGCAGAGAUCACUAUCGAAAUCAGUUUCUCCUGCAAAAAGUUCACAUGCCACCAUUAUAAACUCUCCAUUAAAGAGGAAGUCAUCAGACUCAAGAAUUUUUCCUGGGAAUAGUAAAAAACAACGGUAA